GCCACCAACACCAUCGCACGUCUCAAUCCGCACCCGGCUGCCGUCCAUACCGCCUUUCCUUUUUCCCCUACCGCAAUGCAGCUAUGUGUCGUUUCCGCUUUAUUUUUUAUAGCCAACCGCUGCAGCGGAGACGUAUAAUGCUCUCACUCUAACAAAAACAUUCUAUAGCGUUGUCCUUGUCAGUCCGGCCGCGGGGUGAAGGGGCUGAGGCACGUCGGCGGCUGGUGGGGUCCGGUCGCUCACAGUUCUCCCGGCCGCCGUCUACGACGCACGCGUUCUAUCUUACUCAGUAUUCCGCGACUGUGACACAGAGUAGUUGUGUUGACAGUGUGUUUCGUGACUGCGCUGUGUAAAGUUUACAAGUGAUCGUAAAGUUAUCUCCAAAUGGUGGUGCUUGAAGACGGAGGAAUGAUGACUACUAAUCCCAACCAAUAUCUACAGCCUGAUUAUUUAUCGCCACUUCCAUCAUCUUUGGAUUCAAAGAAAAGCCCUCUUGCGCUUUUAGCGCAAACUUGCAGUCAAAUCGGUGCCGACACCACACCGACCAAACCGCUGCUGCCGCCGCUUGAUAAAAAGAAACCAGUGAACAGUGUUAGUGAUAUGAGCCGUUCUUCGCCUAGUAACGCGAAACCGGAUAAACCUCGUUCGUCGCCGGAAAGCAAACAUCUCGCGUUCAAGCCUUACGAAGCAAAUGUUGUUUCGAAGAGGCCCGAAGAAACCCGUCCAUCGUCUAAAGCCAGUUCAGACAGUUCUGAUGAUAAGAAAUCUGGAAAAAGCACUCCUGGCCGUAAAUCCACGCCUCCCUCUACAGAAACUGGAAAGAGCAGCCCCAAUGAACAGAAAUCUUCUCCAGCGGGAUCUUCCGGAACUAGCCCCAUCAUUCGCUCGGGCUUGGAGGUGUUAGGACACGGAAAGGAUCACCUUGGUGCUUUUAAGAAUUUACCUGGACUGCCUGGAUUCAAUCCGCUUGCCGGACUCUGCUGUCCGCCUGGAAUGGAACAACAUGCUAACCCAGCAUUCAGACCCCCAUACGCCGGCGCCCCAUUUAGUGCUCACCAUGCGGCUAUGCUAGCCGCUGCCGCUGGUUUCCCAGGGUCAUCACCUAACCCCUACCUUGGAUAUGCUCGUGUUAAAACUCCCGCCGGAGGCGAAACGCUCGUGCCAGUGUGCAAAGACCCUUAUUGCACCGGUUGCCAAUUUUCAGUCAACAACCACCAUUUACUAAUGAGCAAUGGAUCGUGCCCGGCGGGUUGCACCCAGUGCGAGCAUCAGAAAUACAAUCUGGCGAUGGCAAUGGCACUCUCACAGCAAGGUGCCGCCGCCGGGGGCCUGCCGUACCCCCAACUAAGUCGCCCGUACGUUUGCAAUUGGAUCGUCGGGGAGUCGUAUUGUGGGAAGCGUUUUGGGAAUUCUGAAGAGCUUCUACAGCACUUGAGAAGUCACACGACUGAUGGCUCUACACCUUCGACAGCCGCCUCUACACAGGCGUCGUUGUUGAGCCCGCUGAAUCCCCUAUUCACGACUGCGGGACUUCGCAGCGCGUACCCGACGGCACCACUCAGCCCGCUCUCCGCGAGUCGGUACCAUCCUUACUCCAAAGCUGGCCUUCCCGCUGGUUUGGGAGCUUCACCUUACGGUGCCUUUAACCCCGCACUAGGACCGUUUUACUCGCCCUACGCCAUGUACGGACAGAGACUCGGAGCAGCCGCUGUUCACCAAUAAACUAGUGUAGUGCAACCGAACUGAUUGGACUGAUGUAAUUUAACGUUGUAAUGUCCAAUUUUCUUCUGUGAUAUUGAUAGACUCUAACUAAUGUUCUGCGGGGAUCCGCUUUGACAAAUUUAGUGAUUAGUGCAAUUUAGGAUAGUUAUUUAUGUAAGCAAACUUGCCGACGGAGCAGCUUCUAAGCGAGUGACGUUUAAACAUUGUGACGACAUGUACAGCCAAAAUGUUUCGUGUAAAUAACAAUCUCUAUGUUUACUAUUACAGAAUUAUUUCAAAUAUAAUAUCUACAUACCAAUGAAAAA